AUGGGUAAAGGAACGGAUAAGCUCUACAUCACACACUCCGAGUGGGCGUCAGAGGAUGCCUAUUCAGCCAGUGCAGGCGCUGGUGUUUCCAAAGCCAAAAGGACCGGUCCGCACGCCGCGUUCAAGCGGUUGCCGUUCAAUUUCUGCUCCCUCUCCCUCCAACCGUUCUCGCAUCCAGUUUGCACGCAAAAUGGAACGCUUUUCGACCUUACCAACAUUCUCCCUUGGAUCAAGAAACACGGGACCAACCCUGUCGACGGGUCGCCGCUGAAGAGCUCGGAAUUGAUCAAGCUGACGCUUGCAAAGAACGAGGAUGGCGACUAUGUGGAUCCGGUAACAUUCAAGAUCUUGACCGAUAACACACAUAUUGUUGCACUCCGGAAUACAGGCAACGUCUUCUCAUGGGAUACUGUGGAACGGUUGAACAUCAAGGGGAAGUUGUGGCGCGACUUGGUCACAGACGAGGAAUUCAGCCGGAAGGAUAUCAUCACAUUGCAGGACCCGCAAAAUAUCGAGUCGCGCAACCUGAGCUCCUUCAACUACAUCAAAGAAGGAGAGAAGGGUGUCGUGGAAGACCAGCAGGCUUCCGGCAGUGUGAACGCGAAUGCGCUCGGCAGCUCGGCAAAGAUCUUAAAAGCGAAAGAAGCUGUGGCGAAGGCUCGAGCUGAGCGUGCCCAGCAAGCUGGAUCUGCUCCAGCUGGCUCUAACGCUGUCUCAAAGCCUGUGGCUACGAAUACCAAGACCGGCGCCGCUCAGUCAGGAAAGCCUACACCCUACAAUGCCGCCAAAUUCACCACUGGAAAGGCGGCUGCUUCGUUCACUAGUACGGGGCUGACACCACACACUUCCGCCGAGCUUGCAUUGCUGUCGGAGGAGGACUUUAUGCUCAAGCGCGGUCGCGUCAAGGCCAAGGCUUACGCACGCAUUGAAACCACCGCUGGUCAUCUGAACCUGGAGCUCUAUCCUGAGUAUGCCCCCAAAACCGUGUGGAACUUCAUCCAACUGGCCAAAAAAGGCUACUAUAAGAAUGUGCCUUUCCAUCGCAACAUCAAGGGUUUUAUGCUUCAAGGUGGUGAUCCCACUGGCACUGGGCGCGGCGGCGAGAGCAUCUGGGGUAAAUACUUUGCCGAUGAGUUUGACGGUCCACUGAAGCACGAUGGUCGGGGGACACUGAGUAUGGCCAACAAGGGCAAGAACACGAACAGCAGUCAGUUCUUCUUUGCCUAUCGGGCCCUACCCCAUCUGAACCUCAAACACACCAUCUUUGGCCGUAUCAUCGAUGAUCCUACGCCGUCAUCUGCUACUUUGAAUUCACUCGAGACGCACCCCGUGGAGGCAAACACGAACCGGCCAAUUCCCGAAGUCCGCAUCCAGGAUAUCACCGUCUUCGUCGACCCAUUUGAGGAAUUCCUCGCUCAACGGCGGGCGGAAGAGUCGCGCGCUUCGGGCGCCACUGGCCCGUCUGCCGAGGAAGAGGAAGAAAGCGCGCGUCGCGCGGAAGACGAUCAAGUCACUUGGACUGGAAAGCGAGUUCGCGGUGGCGCUGAGACAAAAGAGAGCACUGGUGGCGUUGGAAAGUAUCUACAAGCCGCAUUAGCGAGUCGGGGGGAGGAUGAGAUUGUGGAUGAGGCCGAGCCGGAACCUGUCCGUAAAAAGGUCAAAUCGGGGGGUUAUGGCGACUUUAGUUCCUGGUGA